GCAGAACGGAGGACCAAUGUGUGCUCAGUAUCCAGGCUGUCUGAUGCCCAAUGUGGAAAGCGGCAGAGCUGGCGGUGGAGCGGACUUGUUGGGAGGCUGAUUUUAUUGCACCACCAAGGCUUGUGCUGAAGUCCAGGGCCGGGGGACUUAUUGCUGCUGGGACUGCUCCUUCCUGUCUCUUUACUAAACACUGGAGACAUUGUGGAGCUUUCUAUUGCUCUUCUUGCUGCUUGUGAUGUGAUUCCAGGCCGAGCUGUUGCUAUGGAGGAGCCUCAGGGAUCAGGGCUCAGGGCUGACAAGGAUUAAUUGCCCCUGUGGCAGCAGGAGAGCAGUUGAGCUAUACCGAUUCCACGUCAUAUUGCCUGGGAGGAGUAGGACUGACUUCCAUGCACCGGGGACUCCCACUCCCACAGCCAUGCAGGAGCCUCCUGAAGUGACUGCACACUACUACUACUGCUACUACUACCUUCUGAACUGGGAUCUGCUCUUGCCACUACUCAAAGCUGCUUUUGCUGCUGCUCAACAACCGCCUCCACUUGGCACCUGCUCCAUUCCCAUGCCCCACACCUUGUAAUCUGCAGCACCCUGGAUUAUAUCGGCUGCUUGGAUUAUUUCUUGAUUCAUGGCUUCAGUGUGGAAGAGGCUGCAGCGUGUGGGCAAGCAUGCCUCCAAGUUUCAGUUUGUGGCUUCCUAUCAGGAGCUGAUGGUGGAGUGCACCAAGAAAUGGCAACCUGACAAAUUAGUAGUUGUGUGGACCAGGAGAAGUCGAAGGAAAUCGUCAAAGGCUCACAGCUGGCAGCCUGGCAUAAAAAAUCCUUAUCGUGGGGUUGUUGUGUGGCCAGUUCCUGAAAAUGUUGAAAUCACUGUGACACUCUUUAAGGAUCCCCAUGCGGAAGAAUUUGAAGACAAAGAAUGGACAUUUGUAAUAGAAAGUGAAUCUUCUUCUGGUCGGAGAAAAGCUCUAGCAACCAGCAACAUCAAUAUGAAACAAUACGCAAGCCCAAUGCCCACGCAGACCGAUGUCAAACUGAAAUUUAAACCUCUGUCCAAGAAAGUGCUUGGUGCAACGCUGCAGUUCUCUUUAUCCUGUAUUUUUCUACGAGAAGGAAAAGCCACUGAUGAAGAUAUGCAGAGUCUGGCAAGCUUGAUGAGUAUGAAGCAAGCUGAUAUAGGAAACCUGGAUGAUUUUGAAGAAGACAAUGAAGAAGAUGAGGAGAACCGCGUGAACCAGGAGGAGAAAACGGCUAAAAUUACAGAAAUUGUUAACCAGUUGAAUGCCCUGAGCAACUUGUCUGAAGACCAGGAUGUCUGCAUAAAGCAACCUCAUUUACCUUCAGCUAAAUCAUCUCCUCCUUGUGAAGAGCUUAUAAAUAAAUUAAACUUUCUGGAUGAAGAGGAAAGAGAUUUGAGGAACUCAACCUCCGACCCACUUGAAAGUUCUGAUGUGACAGAUUUCAAUCCGUUUAGCGAUCCUGACGUGGAAGAACAUCCUUCCGAGCAAGCGCCUUCAAAGUCUGAUGACUUAUUUGAUGACUACAAUCCAUUUAAAGAACCCAAGCAUGAGGUUUAUAUAAAUCCUUUUGAUGAGCCAGAUACAGAGCAAGACCAGGCUCUUGAGCUUAGUGAGGACUCUCCACCUCAACCAGCAAAGAGAAAAAACACCCGCCCUGUGGAUAUGAGCAAGUACCUCUAUGCUAACAAAGCCAGGCAAGACGAGGAGGAUCUUGAUGAGUCAAAUCCAUUUUUUGAACCAAAAGAAAGUCUUAACAUUAGCCAGAACACGGUAGUAAAAGAGCCUGAUCCUGAAAAGCAGUUGAAAAGGAAAGCUCCAGCACCUCCUAUGCCCUCACCAAAGAUUGAAGAGCCAACAAGAGCACCUCUAGCUGUUCCUGCAGGAAAAGAAAUUGCACCUUCUCCCAAGCCUAGUCCUUUACCAAGUCCAACACUGGGGAGGCUUUCGAAUGCCAGUCAGUCACUGCUUGUGUGGUGCAAAGAAGUCACCAAAUCAUACAGAGGAGUCAGAAUUACCAAUUUCACUACUUCAUGGAGAAAUGGACUGGCCUUCUGUGCAAUAUUACAUCACUUUAGAGCUGACCUCAUUGACUACAAGUCCCUGAAUCCUCAGGAUAUUAAAGAAAACAACAAAAAGGCAUAUGAUGGUUUUGCCAGUAUAGGAAUUUCCCGAUUACUGGAACCUUCUGACAUGGUUUUAUUGGCAAUUCCAGACAAGCUUACAGUUAUGACUUACCUGUACCAAAUCCGGGCACACUUUAGUGGACAGGAACUGAAUGUGGUCCAGAUUGAAGAAAACAGCAGUAAAAGCACAUAUAAAGUAGGCAACUAUGAGACUGAUACAAAUAGUUCCAUAGAUCAAGACAAGUUUUACGCAGAACUUCAUGAUCUAAAUCAAGAAACAGAACCUGUACACCAGGAGACUUCCAAAUUGCCUGAAUUUCUUCCUCACGAUGGCUCUGCAUUGGUUCAUGAUAAUGGAAUUUUGGACAAUCAAAGCAUGGAGAGUCAAAGGUCCGUAGUUGAAUCUAUAGGUGCUGAAACUGAUUUCACUUGUACCCGGACUAAAAGUGAUUUAGAAUUACAAAGCCCCAGUAGAACUUUGGAAUCUGAAGAAUCAAGGAGAUGCGAAAACAGCAAUGAGGCUCAAGCGCCGUCAUUGGUAACCAAACGAAAGCUGUUAAAGUUUGACACCACAGACCUAAAUGAUUUGUGUGAAGUCACAGAACCUAGACAAGAAAUAAUUUCUUCUGGCUCUACAAGUCGAUAUCAACAGCAGAGCUUGGCAGAUCAACCAAAUACAGGCACAUUUACUUCCACAGAAAGUGCUGUGGAUAAUGUUCCUAAAGAAAAAAUAUAUACUCAGUCUUAUGCAAUAAAUUCUAGGGAUUCCAAUGGCAAGGUUGGAGAGCUUACAUUCAAAGCUCCAUCUUUACCCCAGACUGGAAUAACCAGUCUAAUUGAUUCAACAAAGGUUUCAUCUAACAACUCUGAUCAAACUGCAAAGUCAACUGAGCAGCGAAUGUUGUCCAGGCAAGAAGAGCUGAAGGAGCGAGCCCGGAUCUUACUGGAACAGGCCAGAAGGGAUGCGGCACUGAAAGCUGGCAACAAGCAGAGAAACAAUAAUUCCACACCUACAUGUGCCAAGCAGCUAAGUGAUCAGCAAGAUGAAGAGCGGCGCAGGCAGCUGAGAGAGCGGGCCCGUCAACUCAUUGCAGAAGCUCGAUCUGGAGUGAAGAUGUCAGAACUUCCCAGCUACAACGACUUGUCUGCCGAAAAGUACAAAGAAAAAGCAAAGGCGCCUGGAGAUGAGCCUGAUUUUAACAAAGUACUUACUAAUGAGGAAAGUCCUGAUCGCUCCCUUGUCCUGAUCACACCUGUUUGUGGUGGAGGUGAACCUUCUAACACUGAUACUGAUUCCACUGCUGGACAAAAUAGUCAUUCUGUGGAUGUGAAGUUGAAGAGACUUUUGGAGGCUCAGCCCCAGGUGGCCAAUUCCCUGUCUAACGCUGCCCAGAAGAUAUCACCUGACGGCACACAUAGAGACUUCAAGAAUGGUUCCCAAGAUGCUUGUUCUGAGAGACUGCAGAAAGCUCCUGAUCGCUUCAAGAGCCCUGUUGUGUUCAAUAAAGAUUCGACAGUCCGAAAAACACAGCUUCAGUCCUUCAGUCAAUAUGUAGAGAGCCGGCCAGAGAUGAAAAGGCAAAGGUCACUGCAAGACGACACAAAACGAGUGAACGAAGAAGUCGUGAUAACCGAAACCCAGAAGAAACCCUUAGAAGAUGAAGUGCUAAAUAAAGGGUUCAAAGACACCAGUCAGUAUGUAGUCGGAGAAUUGUCAGCACUAGAGAACGAGCAGAAUCAAAUUGACACCCGUGCCGCGCUGGUGGAGAAGCGCCUUCGCUAUCUCAUGGACACAGGUCGGAAUACAGAAGAAGAAGAAGUGAUGAUGCAGGAGUGGUUUAUGCUGGUGAACAAGAAAAAUGCCCUAAUCCGAAGGAUGAACCAGCUUUCUCUUUUGGAAAAAGAACAAGACCUAGAGAGGAGAUUUGAACUACUCAACCGAGAUCUUCGAGCGAUGUUAGCAAUAGAAGACUGGCAAAAGACUGAGGCCCAGAAGAGAAGGGAGCAGCUCUUACUGGAUGAACUGGUUAUUCUGGUUAAUAAACGCGAUGCUUUGGUCAGAGAUUUGGAUGCUCAGGAGAAACAAGCUGAAGAGGAGGAUGAACACUUAGAGAGAACCCUGGAGCAAAACAAAGGCAAAAUGACUAAGAAGGAGGAGAAAUGUUCCCUCCAGUGAUCGCUGUCUCCGGGCAGAUUCCAGAAUCUUUUUACUCAGCCGCUUCCCAAAACUGACACAAGAACUUUCUUUUCCAAAGACGCCAGUCAGAUGCACAAGGAAUGUUCUGAUCCAGCGAUAUCACUUCUGUCUUAUUCAUUCUUCUGCUUUAUUCUAAUUGAGCAGCAUUUGUGGCCCAAUUCAAUGUUUGGCGCCGCAGUCGUAUUCAUGGGAUCCAGUCCCUUAUGGUUCCUGUUCGCUGCUGACUGGGGACAUUGGAGGAGUCUCACCCCCCAAACUGCUUCCCAAAUCUUCUUUCCCAUGGGGCCUGUGUAGCCAGAGACUUUAGUGGAGAGAAUGUGCAGCAGAUAUUUAUAUUUCAGCUUCACGAUGUGCAACGGAUCUUUAUACAGAAGAUCAGCUAAAGCAUUUUGUACUAAGGCCAAUGAGAGAUACAUCCAGUGCUUUAUUCCCAACUAGUCGCUCUUGUAUCAGAGAGGAAUUGUAUGAAGACUGUGUCCCCUUUACUUCAUCCUUGUCCCCCUGUCUCCUCAUUGACUGAUCACUGAGCGUUGCUUCUCUACAGGCUCUGGCCACAACACUUUACAUCCGUUUACAUGUCUCGCUCUGAGGCUUCAUCGUUUGUGGGAGAAAAUAUUUAUUUCAUGCUUUUAACUAUAACAGAACCUAGAUAUUAGCCAAUGAUACUCCAUUAAUAUUUAUUUCUGCAAAACCAAUUGCUGUUUGUCUCAUGCCACCACAUGUGGGUAUUUACUGCCCACUGCCUGGCAAAUCCAUAUGUUCUGUCUAUUUAUUACAGUUCUGUCAUAUACAGUUUUCAAUAAACACAAAUCUUUCUUAUAGUA